AUGGAUUUUGCGCGUCGAAGGCCUACCGCAUCCGCACGGAGGCAGCGAGUCGUUGUGACCGCGGCGCACGAUGAGCCAGUGGUCCCUGCGCCAGAUGUUGAGGCUGAUGUAUUUCCGGAUGAGCCGAUGGCACCAGCUGAUGUAGAGGACAUUGUGGUAGACAUUCCUGCGGACACAGGCGCGGAGGCUGCUGAGGAUGAGCAUGAGGGAUUUCUGGGUGGUCCGAGCGACCCAUCCGUGUUGACCCAGUAUGCGGAUCACAUUGCUUGCAGUGUAUGGACGGGAGAGGAGCGUCCUGAGUUGAAGUUAUCCUCUCACAGGAGGAAGGUCCAUAGUUUAGGCAAGCCUGUCCUUGCCAUUGAGGGACUCGUUGCUGGGACAGGACUAAGUCCUCUGAUCGCGUGUUUGGUAGACACUGGCGAUCGGGGACUUUUGUCCUCGUUUGUGGAGCGAUGGCACCGGAAGACGUCUAGUUUCCAUCCCCCGGUGGGAGAGCUCACCAUCACGCUGGACGACGUCUCCUCGCUUCUCCAUCUGCCUGUGGUUGGCGACUUGCACGCCUUUCAGUCCUUGCACGUGGACGAUGUGUGCUGGAUUUACGAGCACUUUCCCUCAGUCACAAACUCCAUUGCUGAUCAGGAAUACGAUGAGGAUUCCCCGCGUGCGUGUAGGUGGAUUGCGACGAAGAAGACCGUGAAGAGCAUACGUACACCGGCGUAUAGGGAGUGCCUGGACCGACUCUGGAUUCCAGAUGUUUGUUAG